AACGCGUAGCGAGCAAACAGAAAAAAGUUGUGCUCGUGUGAGGUGGGUGUGCGCGUACUUUGCUCGCGGUUUUCUUGCAACAAUUUUCACAUUUAGCUAGAUUUUUGCACUGCCAUAGCUAAACAUUGUAGUGGACACCCAAAACGGAAGCAAUCCCCGUUCAGGGAAAAAGGUGAAAAGUAGUUUCUAAGGUGUGGCGUACCUGCUGUUCUUCCAUUCGGAUGGUUUCAUGCAAAUGGCGGAGCUCUACUGUACGCCUGUACCUUUGUGUAGGGUGAAGAAAAUCUAACGUCCAGCUGGUGUGCGUGUGUGUGCAUUGCGUUUGGAAAACAGGAAAUUUCUAUCAUUUCGGAAGAGCAAUCAAUCGAAAUAAAUAGUUUCGAGUGUAAAAUAGUACAGGGAACGCGGCUCAAUCACGGCGCCUACCUAUCCCUCGAUAUCGAUUGAGAGAAAUCAAUGUCGCUUUCGUUAUCGUCGUCGUCACGGUAAAAAAGAAGGAAGAGAAGUGCAACCGAGAUAAAGAAAACCCUCUUCGAAACGGAAAACGGGAAAGCGCAUCGCAUAUUUGAAGGGUUUCAUAAAGUGAUUGUGUGUCCUUCCUAUCUUACUAUCUAUUUGUUUUACAGUCUGUCAUUGUAUGUAUGUGCGUCGUGUACUGUUUGUGGUGUAAAGUGUUAAGAAACAAAGUUUACUAAACAUCUGAGCAAGGGGCAGCGCACGUCCGCGUGUGGUGUGUGGUUGGUUAUUCGACUGUACCAGAGGCACCGUUCCUCACCGGGUCGAAGUUGGAAAAAAAUCGGUGGGCACAAUCACCACGGGUUACUUCGAUAGAAAGUGGCAAUAGAUGCAAUCGUGCGGAAAGAAAUGAAAAUGAAUAGCGACAGUACGCGAGCAGGGGCGGCAGCGCGAGCUAAAGCGGUCUCCUGCCGAAGGCGAUCCGUCGCAUUUUGGUUCUUUGUUCCUGUGUUUGUCCUUGGGUGCUUACUGAUUGAUCAGACUCAAUCUCAAACGAUCGGUGGAGAUGAAGCCGGUGGUCAGUGUGUGUGGUAUGGUAUCUGCAAUGUCGACUCACUCAAUCGAGCCCAGUACUGUCCGUACAAUGGGACGGCGAAACCGAUCGACACGAAGGCAAAGGAUCUGCUGAAGAUGUGGUGUAAACAUCUGCUGGUCGAAGAUGUGACGGGCAACAUCAACACGUGCUGCGAUGCGGCACAGGUGGAAGUGCUUAACAAAAAUGUAGCCCUUGCGGCCAAUUUUCUUGCACGUUGCCCAUCCUGUAUGGCUAAUCUGGUGCGGCACAUGUGCGAUUUCACCUGCAGUCCACAGCAGUCCAGCUUCAUGAAGGUGGUAUCGACGGAAGAGGUCGAUCCGUCGGAAGAGAAUGAAAAAUCCGACCAACCAGGCACAACGACGGCACCGACAUCGAAAGAAUAUAUCACCAAAAUCGAUAUCCACAUUACGCAACAGUACCUGAACGGAACGUUCGAGUCGUGCAAUCAGGUUUCGGUUCCAUCAACCGGACAGCUCGCGCUAGAUCUGAUGUGUGGUGACUGGGGUGCAUCCCGUUGCAGUGCCAAGAAGUGGUUCUACUACAUGGGCGACGCCGAGAACAAUCUGUACGUUCCGUUCCAGAUCGAUUACGUUGCGCACAGUUCGCCCAAUGAAACCAUCGACGGCUAUUUGCCGUGGAAUCCUCGCAUCGUUCCAUGCAAUGAAAAGCUGGAUGCAAACACACCGGCAUGUUCGUGUGUCGACUGUGAAGCAUCCUGUCCAAAGCCGCCACCGCCUCCCGGUCCACCUCAACCAUUCGUCAUUUAUGGCAUGGAUGGGUAUGCGGUCGUCAUGUUCGUGGUGUUUGUCGUAUGUAGCGGCCUAUUUUUGAUUGGUGCCUGUUUCUGCCAUUCGAGCAGCGGCGGUACCGGCGGUGGAAGCGGCAGUGGAGCAAAACUGUUGGUAAAUAGUGGUGACGCGCUGCCAUCGGACCUGCGGUCCUCGGUGGGCCGUAGGUUAGCCGGUGGUCUCUCCUCUAACAGUGGCGAUCUGGGCACGGACCGGGAAGACUCACCCCUACAGUCGAAACGAUCGAGUGCUACUUGGGACGGUGAACAGGAACUUCGGCCCCAUCCGUCCGGCGUAGGAGCCGAAGAAGAUGACGAUGAGUCAGGUUAUUUCGAGCGGCUCGGAGCCAAAACAGAAACCGCUUUGGAGCACUUCUUCACUGCUUGGGGUACAACCUGUGCCAAACACCCUUGGCUGGUGCUGCUUGGAGGUCUUAUCUUCAUUGUUGCAAUGGGUAUGGGCAUUAACUUCCUGCGCGUAACGACAAAUCCAGUGGAACUAUGGGCUUCGCCACAUUCGCGUUCCCGCGUCGAGCGGGAGUACUUCGAUUCCAACUUUGAACCAUUCUACCGUCUCGAGCAAAUCAUCAUAAAGGCGGAAAAUCUUAGCAACGUGAUGCACAACACCUCCAACGGUGUGAUUCAGUUCGGACCUGUAUUUAACCGACAAUUUCUGCUCGACGUGUUUGAUCUGCAGGAGCAAAUCAAGAAAAUUCAGACCGUGCGUGACGAUGGUAGCAAUGAGACGGUCGGAUUAAAAGACAUUUGCUUUGCACCGCUUAGUUCGAGUAAUGGACCAACGGGUACGGAAGAAUGCGUAGUCCAAUCGUUGUGGGGGUACUUCUCGGACGACAUGGAUAACUUCAAUGACGAGGAAGAGGACGCACAGGGAUUUGUGAUCAAUUAUCUGGACAAGCUUAUACAGUGCUUUGGAAACUAUUACAAUCCACUGUGCCUGGCACCUUACGGUGGGCCCAUCGAUCCGGCCAUCGCACUCGGUGGUAUCCCGCAACCAAAGACGGCGGAAGAGAAACCUAGCUACACCGAAGCGAACGCUGUCAUCUUGACGUUCUUGGUGCGUAACUACCACGACAAGAACAAGCUCCAGUCGGCGCUGGCAUGGGAAACGGAGUACGUAGCAUUCAUGAAAAACUGGACACGCGAGAACAUGAGCAUCGCUUUCACAUCCGAGCGUUCCAUCGAAGAUGAAUUGGCACGCGAAUCACAGUCCGAUGUGUCCACGAUUUUGGUCUCGUACAUCAUUAUGUUCGCCUACAUUGCCAUUUCCCUCGGGCACGUAAACCAACUGAAACGAGCCUUGAUCGAUUCGAAGGUGACGCUUGGUUUGGGAGGCGUUGCGAUCGUACUGGCCUCGGUAGUUGCAUCGGUCGGUAUUUUCGGAUACAUUGGCGUACCGGCUACACUGAUCAUAGUGGAAGUGAUACCAUUUUUGGUACUGGCUGUCGGUGUCGACAAUAUCUUCAUUCUGGUACAAACGCACCAACGCGAUACGAAGAAACCGACGGAAACACAUGCUGAACACAUUGGACGCAUUCUGGGACGCGUUGGACCAUCGAUCCUGCUGACGUCGGUCAGCGAGAGCUGCUGCUUCUUCCUUGGCGGGCUAUCCGACAUGCCAGCCGUGCGAGCAUUCGCUCUGUAUGCCGGUAUGGCGUUGCUGAUCGAUUUUUUCCUACAGAUUACAUGUUUCGUGAGCCUCCUGGCCCUUGAUACGAUCCGCCAGACGGACAACCGGCUGGAUGUGCUAUGUUUCUUGCGCGGCUCCAAAAAGGAUAUGCCGGGCACCAUCGGUGAGGGAUUGCUGUACAAAUUCUUCAAAAGUAUCUACGUUCCGUUUGUGAUGCGCAAACCGGUCCGGGUGGCUGUGAUGAUCGUAUUCUUCGGAUGGCUUUGCUCGAGCAUUGCUGUCGCACCACACAUUGAUAUUGGGUUGGACCAGGAACUCUCGAUGCCGGGCGAUAGCUUCGUGCUGAAAUAUUUCCGUUAUCUGCAGCAGUACUUGAGCAUCGGCCCGCCGGUAUACUUUGUGGUGAAGAAUGGAUUGAACUAUUCGACCAUGCACGAUCAGAACUUGAUUUGUGGCGGACAGUACUGUAAUCUCGACAGCCUUUCAACGCAGGUAUAUAUUGCUAGCAAACAGCCACAGUCAACCUAUCUGGCACGGCCGGCCUCUUCCUGGUUGGAUGAUUACAUCGAUUGGUCAGCAGCACCGGGUUGCUGCAAGCAAUGGACCAACGGAAGCUUUUGUCCACAUCAAAAGAGUGCCUGUGGAGCGUGUAACAUUUCACUGACGCCUCAAAAGCGACCGGUGGAGGACAGUUUCCGGCAAUACGUUUCCUUCUUCCUGGAGGAUAACCCAGAUGAAGCGUGUGCCAAAGCGGGUCAUGCUGCGUACGGCAGUGGCGUAAAGUAUCGACCGGAUGCAUUAGUACCACAGUAUAACGAUGUUGGUGCGACCUACUUCAUGGCGUAUCACACGAUCCUGAAAUCGUCGUCCGACUACUACGAAGCGUUACGUUCGGCACGUAAAAUUUCGGCAAACAUUACCAGCACGAUACAAGCGAACCUUCGGCUGCAAGGGCGCAGUGAAGCUGACAUUCAACAGAUCGAGGUGUUCCCGUACUCGGUGUUUUACGUGUUUUACGAACAGUACCUAACGAUGUGGCCCGAUACGCUCAAGAGCAUGGGCAUCUCGGUGCUAGCCAUCUUUAUCGUGACGUUCCUGCUGAUGGGCUUCGACAUCCAUUCGUCCCUUGUGGUAGUGAUCACGAUUACGAUGAUCGUAAUCAAUAUCGGUGGUCUGAUGUACCACUGGAACAUCUCGCUCAAUGCCGUAUCGCUCGUGAAUCUCGUAAUGGCGGUCGGAAUCAGUGUUGAGUUUUGCUCACAUCUGGUGCACAGUUUCUCCAUGUCGGUGGAAGAAACGCGCGAAAAGCGGGCAGCCGAUGCGCUCACUAAAAUGGGCAGCUCGGUGUUUUCCGGCAUUACGCUGACAAAGUUCGGCGGUAUAUUGGUGCUCGGUUUCGCCCACAGUCAAAUCUUCCAGGUGUUUUACUUCCGUAUGUACCUGGGCAUUGUACUGUACGGUGCCGCUCACGGACUCGUGUUCCUGCCGGUGCUUCUUAGCUAUAUCGGCGUGAUGCACCGCCGAAGACGCUCCAACAACGAUGUUUCCAACGGCACACACCACCCCAGUGCUGAUGAGAUCGAUGAGGAGCCGAAUAUGGAACAGGAUGCAGCGUACUAUGACGACCGACAAUCUCCCGACUACAACGGCUACCACCACAACGACGACGACGGCGAACAGGCAAACUUUCAGCGAUCGGAGCAAUCGAAUUUUCCUGCGCUUCACCAGGAGCAAGAAACCCAAAGAGGAAGAGGACACCGGCCAACAGGAGCAUCUAGCGGACCCGGCUACUCCGGAGCACGGCAACAAUCUCGACACCGGAUGCAAUCCCAGCAACAGCAGCAACCUACCAAUCAGCACCGCACCACCCUUGAGGUCCACGCCCAGCACGAUAUUCCUCCGGGUGAGGAUACGGAGGAGCUUACCGAACCUCUUCUGCAACAAGCAUCCUCCAGCAUGCAGUGCGCCCCGCACGGAUCUUUAAAAGACGACUUCAAGCAUCAUGCGGACGCAGCACCGGCAGUAACGAUGGAGGAACACAUUUCAUCGAAACCACCUAUCAAUACAUCAGCGGCACUAACAUCGAAGCUGUCCCCAUCGUCAUCCAUCUCAUCCUCCUCGUUGUCUUCGAAAACUUCCAAAACAUCCAAAACGUCCAACAGGCAUCGAUUGCGCAAGAGCAGAUCGAAGGAUGCACAAACGGAAAUAGAACACCCGAAGGCACCGUUAGUAGUGGCGGAAGAUUCGGAAGAUUUAGACGGGGAGGAGGAAGAGGAAGAGAUAGAGUACAGCGGGCGCGAGAAAUUAAAAGAAACAUCAAACAACAACAACAACAACCACAACAAUGAUGCCAUCUUUGAUAAUGAAGUCGAUGCGUACCGGGGUGAAGAUCGAAGGACACUUAAGUCCUCCGCGUCGUCAUCCCGUACGACGAUUGUUCCACGGGCACGAUAAGGAAGCGAGGCACGUUUGUGGUGAAACAAAGUGCGAUGACAAAUCAUUGCCGUAGGAAGCGAAAAGAAGGAUUACGAAAACAAAAAUGGGGAUCUUUUCUAUAUCAAACUUGUUGAAAAUGUGUGUGUUAUGGAAAGUGCUGAAAAACUUUGUCUAUCACAAAGCGAAAGAUUAGUGAGGUGCGGAUAAAGUAAAUAUUAUACACAUAAGUACGGCCAUACAUGACGGUAGGAAAACAAAAUAUUUACCUUCGUAUCUCUCGUUCUGCGAAGUAAAUGACGAUUGAAGAUAAGAUGAAGAAUACUAUCCUAGUGGUAUCGUUUUACACGCGCCCGACCUUAUAUAUUGUCCGUACCCAACUCUGUGAGAUAUGGGGGAUUGCAUAAUAUGAAAUGCGAGGAGAAGAAUUACAUUGCAGACCAAAAACUUCCCACGCCAGAAAGGUCAUUCUGAAUCAAAUUCAUUUACCAGAUUACAAAAGAAAAACAAAAGUUGGUGCUCUGCCAUUCGUGACGUUUCUAAUAGUAACUAUACAACAACAAUAGAUAUUUUUCUACAUUUGUGCAAUAGCCAACAACGAAAGAUGGACACGCAGCAGCGAAACAAGGAUGAAAAAAAGAUAGGAUAUCAUGAAUCACCUAAUGAAAAGCAGAAGGAACAGAAGAAACUGAAAGAAGCGACAUGCACAGUUUGUAUACAUGUGUGUGUCAAGAUGAAUAUUCCUAUAUGCAACUCUGCUAUAUCUUCUUGUCGUAGGAUACAGUCGCAUAAAAGUUAAUUACAGUUUGUUCUUGAGAGGAUGCGAACUCCACAGUACAGUAAAUGAACGUAAUCUGCCGUACACUUACAGAUCGCUAUAGUGUGCGAAACGAAACCGAGAGAUGUGAAGUGGUGCGAAGUUUUAAUGUUGUUCGUACUGCCGAAAAGUAUAUAAAAUGUGCCGGGAAAUGAAAAGAAUAGCUAAAUGGCGAAAGAAGGGAUUUGUUGGUUGUUAUCGAAGUGUAAAAUGCGGCUAAUAUUUUAGAGCUGUUGGUUGUUUAUGUGCUUGGUGGAAAGGCUGGAUAAAAAAAGGAAGCAUGCUAGAAAAUGAAAAAGGUGGACAGUGGUUAAAGCACUUACGAAGAAGAAAUGAAUAAGACAGUUGUAUAGUAAUCGAAGAUGAUAGAUAACUUAUGUAUAGAAAGGUUGGUGAUGUGUGCUGGUGUAAAAGCCCAAGAGAAUGUGAAAAAUUAGUGCUAGAAACAAACAAACAAAAAGAGUUUGCGUGUGUGUAUGUGAAAAUGAAGAAAGGAAAAAUAUCAACUAGUGCGAUUUGAUAUACACACACACGUGAGCCACACUCAUAUGGCGAUAAAGAAACUAUGCAAAAAUAGGAAAUUGAUGUCUAAAAAUGGAUCGUACCGAGAGCGGAUAAAAGAAACUUAACCUUCAACGGAGAGAAGCAUGUACAAAACAAGCAGGUAACUAAGUAACGCAAUUAUCGCAAUGUAUUAUAGAAGCAAGAAGUGUUCGCCGAUGGUGAAACAGGUCGUGUGGGGGAAAAUGUUUGUGUACGUUUGGUUAAAACAUAGGAAACAGUUUACUACGAGGGCUUACGAAUUCUGAAACACAAUCUAAAUGAAUGAUUUUCCUAUUUCGCUACUGUUGCAGUUGUGUACAGUUGUUUCAGACGUUUUAUUUUGCUUGUCGGUGUGAUUUUAGAGCAAUCCGUUUGUGGAGGUGUUGUUUGUGGUGGCUGAUUAUAACCGUGGAAAAAAUACCAUAAACGACUGUAACUGUGAUUCAUUUGUCCGUUACGAUUAUCAACAAUUUCGCACCUGCUGGCAUUAGAUUGACGGUGUUCAAAUUGUUUCGCUUUUUUAUUAUAAAGUCCAUAUGCUAUUACACUUGUCCGGACGAAAAAUAGAAGGGUCUUUACGUCACACCGGUUAGGUUAAUAGUAUUGUUCGUUGACAUACUAUGCGUUCCUACUAUCAAAUCAUACUAAAAGCGAUGUUGAUGUGCUCGAACAUCGCUUUGCACUAAUUCAAGUAUAGACAACUCAUUUUCGGUGCCUUGCAUUCGAUGAACUGUAGGUAUAUUUGUGAAGGGGAAACAAACUAAGAUUGUACGACGGAUAAAUGGGAAUGAUAGGGAUUUCGGUAACCAUCCACACACAAACACACACAAAAGAAAACAGAUCGUUUCGUUAGGCAUUCUGUUCUGUUCUGGAGCCCCUUAAGAGCUUCUUGUGAUUCCAUAUUUUACUGAAAAGUAUUCUCUAGGCAGGAGUUAGCACAACAGCUGGCAGCACUGAUCAAAAGCUUUUGCUUCUCCUUCUAAACGAUGUUUAAGAUUACGAUCCAUCCUUACUAUUUUAUUGUUACUUGAAAAGUUACUGAAUACCUUACAAACACACACACACCCAUAACGCCUUUGGCUCGUAUGCAUGCUUGAGGACAGAAAAGGGUGUUCAUUUCAGAACUUGCGGCACGUUAGGGUUAAAUUGAUUCGCUCAUUCCGUUCUUGAAUUCUAUGCAGCAUAUGGUUGGUUAAUGGCGCUUAAGAAAAUGAGCCCGAAGCUGAUCCAAACAUACAGGGCUCCAAUAUGUCUCUAAUGAUGUUCAAUAUUAGUGUAAUUUUAGUUACUGCCCCCCGUAAUGGUGAACAUAGCGCUAACUAUAACCAUCGUACGUUUAGUUGUCAUGCAUGCAGUUCGUUUCUGUUUAAACUAUGUAUUUUAGUUUCCUCUGCCGUUUCAACCGUUUUUUUUCGCAGCCAACACUCUGUUGUUAGUUAGAUUUCCGCAGUAUAAAGAGAAUGGUAUGGCAGUGUAAAGAACGCGGAGAAAGGCGAAGCGCUGAGCAAAAUAUAUUGUAUAGGAAUGUCGAGGUGUGCGACAUGUGAAGGAUGAAAAUGUAAUAUAGUUAGGCAAGCUUUGAAGGGUUGUUGAGAACGAAGAAAGCAAAACAUUAAUCAAAUAUUCAUACCGUUUAUGAUUUAUUACAGUGAUUAUAUACACUAAUCCGGCCAUAAGUGAAUAAGCUUACACGAUUAGUGAAUUUCUGUUUUGGAAAAUCAUGUGGAUAAUAAAUUAUACAGUAUAUUCGUAAUUACGUUAGAUACUUUUGGCCAACGUUACGCAUAGGUGCAGGGUAAACCAAAGCUUUCCUUAAGUUGCCCCCAGUUUGUGUUGAUUGCACCGAACAGGUUUAGGAACAAAAUAGAAAAAAAUAAUCACAUAUUCGUUUUUAGUAAAAUGCUGAAUCUGGCGUUUCUUUAAUGCAAUGAUUUUGUUUUGUUGUUACACACUUCGCAAGAAAUUGUGUACAACAUGUCUAAACAUUCUAAAGAAAACAAACAGGGGAUAAUAAUGUGUGAAACAUGUGAGAUAAGGGAAAAUGAUGACGAAUGUAAUUAAGGAGUAUAAACAAAUAAAGGUAAAAAAUGUGA